UAGAAACCAACCCACUCAGAGAAAACUGGGGGCAGAGCCUCCCUUCGGGGUUAUUAUUGACACAAACUGGACCUAGAAGAAAAAAAAGGAACCAUCUAAUAGCCAUCAUGAAGUUUGUACGCUUUAUAAUGAAAAACGCCGCGUUGGCCAACGCGCCGAAGCACAUCGAGCAUUUCUCCAAAUUCUCUCCGUCUCCGCUCUCCAUGAAGCAAUUCAUCGAUUUCGGUUCCAUCAAUGCCUGUGAAAAGACAUCCUUUGUCUUUUUGAGGCAGGAACUCCCCGUGAGACUCUCCAACAUCAUGAAGGAGAUCAACCUCCUGCCAGACAAGCUGCUCACUACUCCCUCAGUUCAGAUGGUGCAGAGAUGGUAUAGUCAGAGUUUAAUGGAGAUCCUUCACUUCCUAGACAAGAAUCCAGAUGACCACAGAGUGCUUGCAGAGUUUGUCGAUGCUUUGGUUACCAUCAGAAACAGACACAACGACGUGGUGCCGACCAUGGCGCAGGGGGUCAUUGAAUACAAGGAGGUCUUUCCCCAGGAUGUGGUCACCAACCAGAACAUCCAGUAUUUUCUGGAUCGCUUCUACAUGAGUCGCAUCUCCAUACGAAUGCUGAUCAACCAGCACACUCUUGUGUUUGAUGGCACCACUAACCCAGUCCACCCAAACACAAUAGGAAGCAUUGACCCUCAAUGCAAUGUAGGAGAUGUAGUCCAAGAUGCCUUCCACAGUGCGAAGAUGUUGUGUGACCAGUACUACCUCCGCUCUCCUGAUUUGGUUCUGCAGGAAAUGAACCACAAGACGAAGAGUCACCCAAUAAGCAUCGUUUAUGUGCCCUCCCACCUUUAUCACAUGUUGUUUGAGCUUUUCAAGAAUGCAAUGAGAGCUACCAUUGAGACUCAUGAAAACAGGAACAACCUCCCACCCAUUAAGGUCAUGGUGUCUCUCGGUGGAGAGGACAUGUCAAUCAAGGUGAGCGACAGAGGCGGCGGCGUCCCGUUUCGCAAGAUCGAGAACCUUUUCAGCUACAUGUACUCCACAGCUCCUGCUCCACAGAUCAGCGACCACUCCAGCACACCGUUGGCUGGAUUCGGCUACGGCCUUCCCAUUUCUCGUCUGUACGCCAAGUAUUUCCAGGGGGAUCUGCACGUUUACUCGAUGGAGGGUUUCGGCACAGAUGCCGUCAUCUACUUGAAGGCUCUUUCCACGGACUCUAUCGAAAGGUUGCCAGUGUACAACAAAACCGCUCUGAAGAACUACAAAAUGUGCCAGGAGGCUGAUGACUGGUGCGUGCCCAGUAAAGAACCCUUAGAUCUGCGCAAAUACAAGGUGGCCUAGUCAGACCUUCGGACGCAGCCGCCGCUUUAAGACUACAAAGCAUGGAUUCUCCAUGAACCACGUCCUAGUAUUCCCAUGGGAUCGUCCGCCGAAGCAGACGAGCUUCUCGCACCUCCCAGAACCAGAGCAGAUUUCAGCCGGCGUCACCAGUAGCAUGUCAUUUCCAGCUUCUGUCAUUCAUUUUGGUUUCUGUCUGCAAUAGAGAAAUUAGACAAACUCAGAACUGCUACCAACAGGACAUUUAAAUAAAGUUACCAUGGAGACCUGGUGAAGCAGCCCGAGCGCUGCUGAAACGAGACUCGGCGGUAAAAGGUGGAGUCGUGUGCAGGUAGGGGGAGACGGAGGAGGGCACCCAGCGAGUUAUCGGGUGCCCGGAAAUGAGGGAGAAGUCGAGAGUAAGAGUGGACAGAAGAAGAAGAGGAAGUUGAAAGAGAUCCAGCA